CCAAUCAAAAAAUUGCAGCACCUUUUUAACUUUGAGUUCAUUUCGUCAGCAGUUUCAUUAUGAUUAUUUGAAGUUUUUAAGGGGAUUGAUACUAGGAGUGGGAAACUACGAUUCCUAUGCGUCUAUAGAGUUUAUGGGUCUAGUGCAUUUGAGAUAUCUAAAAAUUCCUGCUACUCUGAAACUUAAUUCUCUACCAUUGUUCAUGUUAUGGAAUUUGCAGAAGCUGGAUAUUGAUGCUUCUCUUUCAAUAAGUGAACCCCUUGAUAUUUGCCGAUUGCCCCAACUGAAGUUUCUCUAUCUUGUGGGAACCAUUCAACUGGUUCCUCCAAGAUCAGUUCAUCAUAAUUUGGAGAGCAUUAGAUAUUUGGAUCAUAUGAGUUGUACAGAGGAGCUGUUUAUGAGAAUCCCAAAUCUAAGGACAUUGGGAGUUAUUGCAGGUUGGGGCAAAGCAUUCAAUUGGUUCCAAAGCCUUGCCUGUUUAUAUAAACUGGAAGAUCUACAUGUUUGUGGCAAAAUUCUUCAUCUGGAUUCUGUGGGGAGUUUGAGCAUAGAGAAUUUUUUGCCAAAUCUUAAGAAAUUGAAACUCUUUGGAACAAAAUUAAAUUGGAAGAAAAUGUAUGUUGUCGGGAUGUUGCCGAAGCUUGAGGUCCUCUUCUUGGAGGAUGAUGCUGGUGUUGGCAGAAAAUGGAAACCCAGAGAUAGAGGAUUUCGUGGAUUAAAGUUGUUAAUCAUAGGAAAUUGUGAUCUACAAAUUUGGAAAGCCACGGGUGACCAUUUUCAUGUCCUUGAAUGUCUAGUCUUCAUAGAAUUAGAGGGUUUAAAAAAGAUUCCUAGUGACUUUGCACAUAUAACUACCCUCAAAUCGAUCAAGUUAUAUCGAUGUUCAAACUCAAUUAUAUCUUCUGCCAAGUGUAUUCAAGAAGAGAAACUAGACUAUGGAAACGACGCGUUUACUGUUGAUAUUUUACGGUUUUGAGCUGAUAAGAUGUGGAAAUGGGGCAAAUUGAGAGCAAUUUGGGACGUUGUUGCAAGUUGCAAGCAAGCACACGGGCAAAUCAAGAUUCAAUGAAGACGGAUAGCAUGUGAUGUGAGCAACUUGAGGAUCUGAAGGUUCUGAAACUGACCUUUAAUUUGUGAGCCACCU